AUGCCUCGGCGACCCGGUCGCGCAGCCGCUAAGCGUGCUGCAGCAAAACUUGAGAGUACCCCGAGAGCUCUUGAGGAUAUCGAAGAUGAGGUAAUGCCAGAUGCCGACGCAUCAGACGGAGAACAGCAAGUGGAACCCGAGGAACAAGAAAACGAAGAUGAAUCUGGUGCAGAGCCCGAGGAAAACCAAGACUCCGAUGGUCCAUCCGUGAAAUCACCUUCCCCUCCACCUCAGCCAGUUAUUAGAAGGAGACGUCUAGGCCGUCCUCCAAAGAAUCGACCGCCAGACUGGGAUACCUUACCGAUCGAGACCCCCCAGCGCGAUCCAAAUGAAACCCCAAGGCGCCGUGGUCGUGGCGGAUGGAGAGGUAGAGGUGGCCGGAAGGGAGCCUCCUAUCAGCCGACGCAGCAAACGAUCGACAAAGAGGGCAACAUGAUGGAUAUUGUCGACGAUGAAGUCGCAUUACCCGAAGACCCCGAAGGAGAGACCAAGGUAGACAAGAUGGGAAACCUACAAGGAGGGCGCGAGUACCGUUGCCGAACGUUCACUGUUGCAGGUCGGGGAGAUCGCCUUUAUAUGUUGUCCACCGAGCCCGCCCGUUGCGUGGGAUUCAGAGACUCAUACUUGUUCUUCACCAAACACAAGCGACUCUACAAGAUUAUUGUGGAUGAGGAUGAGAAACGAGAUAUGAUCGAACGCGAUAUCAUCCCCCAUUCCUACAAGGGCCGUGCGAUAGGAAUCGUUACGGCCCGUUCGGUAUUCCGGGAGUUUGGCGCGUUGAUUAUUGUCGGUGGAAAGCGAAUCAUUGACGAUUACGAAGUCGCCAAGGCCCGAGCCGAGGGCGUUGUGGAGGGCGAGCUUGCUGAUCCUAACGAUAAAUUCGCCGAGGGCGAGGAAUACAACAAGAACCAAUAUGUCGCUUGGCACGGUGCCAGCGCUGUUUACCACUCAGGGGCUCCCUCUGUCCCUACUCAAAACGGCAAGAUAGAUAUUAAAAAGAGGCGAGUGAAUGUGACAGAUGUCAACUGGCAAUUCGAACAUGCCCGUGAGGCGAGUCGUUUCAAUGCUGAAAUAGGCGCCAUUCGGCGCAUGAAUCUAUCCGGUGUCUACGAUGUCCACACAAAUAUGUUACAGUAUCCCGCCAUUAUGCAGCCUACGCAUGCGAAAAUCGAGCAGGUUGUAGAUUCUUCCGCCCCGACUGGUAGCGUUCGCUUUCCGCCGUUAGACCCGAAGAUUCCUCGUAACUUCAAGGUUAUCGACGCGUACAUGGAGACACCCCCUGCUACCCUCCCGUCUGCCGUAUAUGAGCAGCGUGAGAUACCAGCCUUCCUAGCUGACUUCCAAGGGCUCGGAGCCGUGUCGAAGGACGUCUUAGAAGAAUUGCCAGCUGAAUGCCGAGAGGCUUUUGAGAAGGCACGAGAUAGGGAGAGUUCUUGGAAAUCGAAGUGGGGCCCUGAGUCAACCAUGGCUCACCGUAGACCCCCUAUUAUUGAUGCUGCGAUCGUCCCUUAUAGCAGGAUGUAA